UCUCGUGCUGCACUGGGCCCUCGCCGCGGGCGGCAAGAGCCUUUCUCUCGCCAUGCAGGUGGGCGGCGCGGCGGCUGGAGGGUGGGUGGCUGUGGCGUGGUCACCGGACGGCAGCAUGCCCGGCUCCGACGCCGUGAUUGGCGGGCUGCCGGGCGGCGCGGUGAAGGCGUAUGCUAUAAGCGGGUACAGCGAGGCGGACGUGCGCCCCUCCAGCCGAUUCUCCAUCGGCUCCGCCUCCUCCGCCAAUGGCGGCUCUCUUAUCAAGUUUUCUCGGUCGUCUGGCGACGGCGCAGUGCCGGUGAGCCUGACGGGGAGCAACAGCAUCAUCUGGGCCUUCUCCAGCGAUCAGUCGCCAACCCUCGCGAACCAUGGCGGCAACUAUGGCCAGGCAAGUGUGGACUUCAGCUGCACGGGCAACGGUGAUUAUCACGAAAGAGACUACAAUGGAGAUUACAGUGCAGGCGAUUACGCGGACUACGGCACAGCUGGUUCUGGUGGGAGUGCUGCCAUCGCGCAACAAAGGAUGGCCGUGUUGUGGGGCCAAUUCAAGCAGUGGUUGAGAUCGACUGCUGGUAAGCGUGGCAACGGGUUGAAGCAGACUAGCGUGGGAACAAGAAAGCAAGGAGUCAGGUCUAAGGGGGGCGUGCAAACUGCUCUUGCAGGGCACAUGGGCACACGUGUGCGGCAGGCAAGAAAUGCCCAGAGAACCAGAGCCAACGGGGCCCAGGGAGUCAAUGCACGCAACAGGGGUAAUGGGAGAGGUGCUGCUGGGUUGAAGGCAGCGGAGAGGGCACAUGCGGAACAUAAGCAGGUGCGGCACGGGCCAUAUGCUGCACGGCGUGCGGGAGGAGGUAACGCCGGGAGGAAUCCGUGA